CCAGCAUCUCGCAGCCCUCUGCUACAGCAAACUCGCUGAAGCGCCGAAAGCCGCCCCAAAUCGCUUAUCUUUCUGUCGAGGCAUCCGUCCGCCCGCCCAGGAGCUGUCUUGCUUUGAUGUUGGCACUACCGUCGGAGGACGUUUCCGAUGCCUUGCAUGACUCUCUUCAAGCGCUUUCGCUCUCAAAGUCCGGGGAAGCGCCCCUUGGAGAGUCGUUCGCCCAGGUCCAAUGCUCCCUCGAGGUCUAUGGCGAGCUGAUCCAAGAGCGAGAGCGAGCUGUCGAGGAGGGUUAUGAGUCUUCCAGUGUCCUGGAUCCCAUCCGUCAAGAUCUCGAGAGCCUCAAGGAUGCACUGCAGGCGAUGGUGCAGAGGGAGCUCAAGCAUCGCGAGAACACCUUCAAGAAGAUUGCGCGAGUCAAGGAUGAGAUAGCUCAGCAUUGCUUGUGGCUCGGCGAGGAUCUCGCCCAGCAUGUCAACGACUCGACCGUCUCCUCCAAGUCGUCCCUUUAUCGUCAGUUGGUCGACCUGGAACAAAUCCGUGGGGCUGUCGGAGAGAUCGUCAAAGAGCGUGCGGCUCUUUGGUUGAGCUUGGUUGCUGAGAUCAGAGCCAUCAGUUCGCGUCUUGGAUACGACACCGGCGAGUAUGUCCCGGCGCCAGGAUGCUACUCGUUGGCCAGCCUCGAUGGCCUCCGAUCCAAAAUCGGUCUUCUGAGCCAGGAGCUGCACCACAAGAUCCAGAUCCUCGCCACACUUUUCCUGGCUCUCAUUGACACUGCGCGUGAAGCCGACAUCACUAUUGUGGACUCUGUCCUGUCACCUUUGUGCCAGGACCUGAGUGCUGUCUUGGCGAUGGACAGCGUCGGCGACCGCCCAGUGACAGCUCAGGAGUAUAUUCGAUCUCAAGGAAUCGCUUUAUCCGACGACUUUACGUCACAAGUGCGCGCUGCACUCGAGACGAUCCAGAAGCAGUACGGCCAAAAGUUGGAAGCCCUCAACAUCGUCAUCCGCGAGAUUCAUAUGUUCUGGGACCAGAUGGGAGCUCCUGUCCAAAACCGGAUGGAACUUCCUCCACUACUGAGUCGCUAUCAGGAAUACCGCCAACUUGCAGAUUACUUGCGCAUCGAGUGGAAGCGGCAAAUGGAGGAUCAAGUCAACAAGCUGCUUGAGCGGCUCCAAGAACUCUGGAUCAAGUGUCACGUCAACGAGUCCGAGCGCGAGUCCUUCAUGAAUAAGAUCAAAGAGAAUCUGUAUUCUCCCGUUACGGUGGAGAUGCUGAACGAGCAGAUCAAGAUUCUAGAGCAGCGAUACGAGCAAUGCCAUCAGCUCUUUGUUAAAAUUGAGAAGCGAACGGCGUUCAUCGAGAAAAUCGUUGAUUUUGAGAAGCGUGCCCAGGACAAGAACAGACUCUUUCGCCCGUCAUUCCAGCUUGUCGAGGAGGAAAAGUUCCGGAAAACUUGCUUUCCUACGCUGUUGAAUAUGGAGAGUGAUCUACACCGCGACGUUUUGGCCUUUGAGAGUGACGGGCCAAAGCUUCCUGUACAAUGGCGCUCGGUGGCUUGAUACGCUGAAUGCCGAAAUCCAAGGCCGGUUCAUCAACGAAGGCGUUUUUGUGUUUGAAUAUGAAACCGAGCGAGUGAGCCGCACGG